CCUCAAUACCCAAUGACCUCUUCAGUAUCAGUAUACGUUUCUGGCUACACCUCAGGAGAAGGAAAAGGAAUCUACCUAUAUGAUUUCGAUACCAACACCGGUCAACUGACGGCAAAAAGCCUUGUUGCAGAGUCCAGGGACCCUUCUUAUAUAGUUAUGCAUCCCAGUGGCCAGUACAUCUACACAACAAACGAAGUUGGGGACUACAAUGGAAUCCCAUCUGGUUACAUCUCUGCUUAUGCAUGCAAUAAAGAAGAUGGCUCUUUGAACCUGGUAAAUGAACAACCUUCAUGCGGCGGACAUCCUUGUCACGCUGUCCUCGACGCGUCUUCAAAACAUCUGUUGGUGGCCAACUAUACAGGUGGUAGUAUUGCUAGCUUUCCGAUUAUCUCAACCGAUUCUUGCUUUGCCGAACUAGGCUCAGCCGUGUCUAUCAAGGAGCACUGUGCACUUGGUUACAAAGCAACUCAUUCUAACCCCAGUCGUCAAGAGAAGCCACACGCACACUCAAUUGAUCUCGACCCAGCAACCCAAACCUGGGCUUUCUCGAUGGAUCUGGGAUGCGAUUUGGCAAUUGUCUAUCGGUUUAACAAACAAACUGGUCUUUUGGAGCCUCACAGUACUUUUAAGUUUGAAGAUGGCACUGGACCGCGUCACAUAAAAUUUGCACCAAACAACGAUGGUCUGUGUUAUGUUGUUGGCGAGCUGUCGAACAUGAUUUACAUGCUUGAGUUUAAUAUACACGAAGGAAAAUUCUAUGAGGUUCAAAGAAUCCCAAUAUUACCAGAAGAUUUCAAAGGCGAGAGUAUCGGCGCAGAGAUUGAUAUCACACCAAAUGGAAAGUUCCUAUAUGCCUCUACACGGGGUUGUGAUAUACUGGCCAUUUACCUGAUUGAUGAAUUGUCUGGAAAACUGUGUUUGGUGGAGCAUCAAUCUACAGGUGGAAAGCACCCUCGCCAUUUUGUUAUUGAUCCCACAGGAAAAUUUCUGCUGGUGGGAAAUAAGGAUUCACACAACAUUGUGGUAUUUAAGAUUGACAUUGAGCACGGUCACUUGAAGCCAAUUCAAACUAUUGAACAUCCUGACCCUACCUGUAUUCAAUUUAGACCCUAAUUAUAACGCUAAUAUAUUUUAUUCAAUUCAAGACACUUUCAACAUAUAUAUAUAUAUUUGAGAAUCUGC